GAUUUUCCACAGAUCAAAUCUCAGGUCGUAAGAUAUGGUCAUCCCCGACGUUCUGUCGGGCAGCGAACUACCUCCCCGUGUGCUAAGUUCUAUCUAUUCUAGCCAUCUCCCAUAGCCAUGCCUGAGGUUGUUUGGUCUGUAGAAAUGCACAAUGUUUUCAAGAUCGCUCUAGUCAUCCAUAGAGAGGCACUACCUAUCACGCUCUCAACGGAGGCUACCUCUGGAAAUGUUGAAAUCGUGCAAUUUUGCAGCUGCAUGCAUGGCAAAGUUUAGCACGUGGGGAGGUAGCAUUUCCCUUGCCGAAAUCCAAGAACGCGAUCUAGUUGUUAAGUCACUUAACACACCACGAGAGUAUGGCAAGACAGAUUUGAUGGUAUCGUGAGGACGGAGGAGUAUAUGUGGACACAUUUGAUUGCUGUGAAUAGUGUAGGUGGCUAUUGAAACCUCGAGAUAAAGUCAGAAAAGAUGGUCAGGGGUAUGACCCUGCCGUGCAUUGACUAUGGUUGAUUC